CUCACAAUGAGUGUCACUGAGGUCAUACCAGCUCGAGGAACGCCGUGGGAUUCUACGAAUGUUAAAGCUUAAUCUUUUGAAUCAUUUCUGUGGUGGGAUCCAUCCUCUGCAGGUAGCUCACAGGCCAGUAACAGCAUGAAUAUGGGUCAAAGGUGGUACAUGGGCAAAGAUCAGUCACUGGUAGCUUAUUUAAGUCGCUUGAUGCGAUAGAGUCACUGAGUUUACACCAUUCAGCUCAAAGAUGAGGGCUUGUAUUGGAGCAGCAUGGAGCUUUCGCAGUCUGUUCAUCAUCAUUCUAACACCACUAUUAAUGCUACCGCUUCCCCUUGUUAUCAACACAAAGGAGGCUCAAUGUGCAUUUACGCUGGUGCUGAUGGCGGUGUUCUGGAUGACCGAGGCAUUGCCUUUGUCUAUCACGGCUCUUCUUCCAGCACUUUUCUUUCCUCUUUUCGGCAUUAUGAAGUCCUCAGUGGUUGCACCAAUGUAUUUUAAAGAUUUCCACUUACUCCUGCUUGGGGUUAUCUGUCUCGCAACCUCAAUUGAGAAGUGGGGUCUGCAUCGGCGUAUUGCUCUCAGGCUUGUCACAAUGGUUGGAGUAAACCCUGGCAUGUUGAUGCUGGGCUUCAUGGUAGGCUGUGCUUUCCUCUCCAUGUGGCUGAGCAACACCUCCACAGUGGCCAUGGUGAUGCCGAUAGCAGAGGCCGUGAUGCAGCAGGUCAUGAGUGCAGAGGGCCAGGUCAGCAGCCAGCAGGAUAAGUCACUGAAAGGCAUCUGCAAUCCUGCACUCCAGCUGGAAGGAGAUGCAGAGAAUCAGUGUGAAAAAGCCAAAGAUGAGAACAGCACAGGGGUAGUGUUCAAGGAUGUUGUUAUUACUGUCCCCGAGGAGGAUCAUUCCACAGAGGCUCUGCCAAGUUCUCCGUUACACUCAAACUACAGAACACAUCAAGAUCAAAUGAUGUGUAAAAGUUUGUCUCUGGCCAUUGCCUACUCUGCAAACAUGGGUGGACUGGCAACUCUGCCAGGAACAUCUUCAAAUCUUAUCUUUGCUGAAUAUAUGCAUCAAUUUUACCCAGAAUGCAAGUCCAUCAAUUUUGGAAACUGGUUUAUUUUCUCUCUGCCUGUCUGCAUUAUUGUCCUGUGUUUGUCUUGGAUAUGGAUACAUUGGCUGUUUUUGGGCUCUAAUUUCUGCUCCGCGCUGUCCUCCAGAAGCAGACGUUCUGAGCGAGAGAUUGCAGCAGCCAAGCAUAUCAGAGAUCAGUACAAUGCACUGGGGAGCAUGAGCCGACAGGAGAUGAUCACCCUUGUUGUUUUCAUCCUGAUGGCAGUGCUCUGGUUUGUGAGAGAGCCGGGCUUCAUGCCAGGUUGGGCAUCUCUGUUUCCUGACUAUCCAGGAUAUGCAACUGACGCCACUGUGGCUCUCCUUCUGGGCAUGUUGUUCUUCAUCAUCCCUGCUAAGACGCCCACUGUAGAUAAUUAUGAUGCUAUGAUAUCAUGGAAGGAAUUCCAAGCCUGUAUGCCGUGGGAGAUCUGUCUGCUUGUGGGAGGGGGUUUUGCAUUAGCAGAGGGCACCAAGGUAUCUGGUUUAUCCACUUGGGUUGCAGAACUGAUGAGUCCAUUGGGGAAUCUCCCUGUAUUGGUCAUUGUCACUAUUGCUUGUCUGAUUGUCACGUCCAUUACGGAAGUGGCUAGUAAUCCAGCCACCAUCACCAUCUUCCUGCCCAUACUCGCGCCAUUAGCUGAAGCCAUCAACGUCAACCCCCUCUACAUGCUAAUACCAGCAACUCUUAGUGUGUCAUUUUCCUUCUUGCUUCCUGUUUCCAAUCCUCCAAAUGCCAUUGUCUUUGCAUAUGGGCAUGUAAAAAUCAUGGAUAUGGUCAAAGCAGGACUGGGCUUGAACGUCAUUGGUGUCCUUUCAGUGCUCUUAGCUAUCAGUACGUGGGGAAGACCAAUCUUUGUUCUGGAUACUUAUCCAGACUGGGCUCCUACCUAUGGCAUGACAAAUGCAACUGGGUUCUAAACUGCUACAGUGUCUAAUGUAAAUAAGGAUGAAAAGCUUACAGUAUCUUAGUAUCUUGAUUAAUGUGCUCCAUUUCUCCCUGUUCUGUGGGUAGUAAAUGUAAAACAGCACUACUGUAUGUAUAUAACUUUAAUUCAACAGUAAAAGUAUCCAUAUUUUGUAACAGUGUUCCAUAUGUACUCUGAAGAGGUUUGUGUAAAUGAGCUGAAUGGAUGUUGUAUAGCUAUUUUGUAUUGGAGAUACUAUAAUAACUACUUUUAAAAAAUACUAGUUUUAUUUUUAUAUGCACCUUUUAUACAUGCAGCUCAUAUCUUAACAAAGUGGG